AUGUCCCAGCGAGUGUCGGGAAACCUUUCAAAUACCUCCUACGAUAUGGAUGGGUGGUGGGGGAAUAACGAAACCCGUGAACGACGAAUUCAACACCCUACUGUUCAACUCUCUCUCGCCUAUGAUUAUUCUUAUUCUAUCUAUCUAUCUAUCUAUCUAUCUAUCUAUCUAUCUAUCUAUCUGGUAUGUAUCUUACUUUCUAUAUCUUAUGAUUUCAUUAUCUAUCUAUCUAUCUAUCGAUCUAUCAGUUUUUUUCAUUAUCUAUCUAUCUAUCUAUCUAUCUAUCUAUCUAUCUAUCUAUCUAUCUAUCUAUCUAUCCCAGUCUUUUCAUAUCUAUCUAUCUAUCUAUCUAUCUAUCUAUCUAUCUAUCUAUCUAUCUAUCUAUCUAUCUAUGAUGUUGAUUUCAUCUAUCUAUCUAUCUAUCUAUCUAUCUAUCUAUCUAUCUAUCUAUCUAUCUAUCUAUUUUAUAUUCAUGAAAGUACCAAGACACGCCUGAUUAAAAGAAGCCUUUGA